GGUAACGGGCCGGGGCCGGGCGGGGGCCGCUCCGCGGGGCCGCUCCGCUGCCCGGGGCCCCCCGCGCCCCCAUGGACCCCGACGUGGACUACGAGCGCCCCAACGUCGAGACCAUCAAGUGCGUCGUGGUGGGAGACAACGCCGUGGGCAAGACGCGCCUGAUCUGCGCCCGAGCGUGCAACGCCACGCUGAGCCAGUACCGGCUGCUCGCCACACACGUGCCCACCGUGUGGGCCAUCGACCAGUACCGCGUGUGCCAGGAGGUGCUGGAGCGCUCCCGGGAUGUGGUGGACGAGGUCAGCGUCUCCCUGCGCCUCUGGGACACCUUUGGGGACCACCAUAAAGACCGGCGCUUCGCUUAUGGCAGGUCGGACGUGGUGGUGCUCUGCUUCUCGCUGGCGAACCCCAACUCGCUGCGGCACGUGAAGAGCAUGUGGUACCCCGAGAUCAAGCACUUCUGCCCCCGCACCCCCAUCGUGCUGGUGGGCUGCCAGCUGGACCUGCGCUAUGCCGACCUGGACGCCGUCAACCGCGCGCGCCGGCCGCUGGCCAAGCCCAUCAAACCCUCGGACAUCCUUCCACCGGAGCGGGGGCACGAGGUGGCCCAGGAGCUGGGGGUGCCCUACUACGAGACCAGCGUGGUGGCCCAGUUCGGGGUCAAGGACGUGUUCGACAACGCCAUCCGCGCCGCGCUCGUGUCCCGCCGCCACCUGCAGUUCUGGAAGUCCCACCUGCGCAAGAUGCAGCGGCCGCUGCUGCAGGCGCCCUUCCUGCCCCCCAAACCCCCCCCGCCCCUCAUCCAGGUGCCCGAAGCGCCCCCCGGGCUUGGGGGGGGCCCGGCCGCGCUGUUCCAAGCCCCGCUCUGCGCCGACGUCGUCUUCCAGCUGCAGGGCGGCCACCGCGUCUUCGCCCACCGCGUCUACCUGGCCACCGCCUGCUCGCGCUUCUACGACCUCUUCACGCUGGAGGAGCCCCCCGAGACCCCCGGCCAAGGGGACGGGGCCACCCGGGACCUGUCGUCGUGGGGCCGUGGCUUCCUGAGCCUGCGCUGGGAGGCGGUGGCCGACCCGGUGGCGGGGCGGGAGCGGCGGAUGGCGGUGGUGGCCAUGGACCGGGGCGUGCGGUCGGAGCCGCUGCGCGCCGUGCUGGAAUAUUUGUACACGGGCAAGCUGGAGCGGCGGCACGGCGACCUGCGGCAGGUGGGCGCCGUGGCCGAGCUGCUGGAGGUGUUCGACCUGCGCAUGAUGGUGGCCAACGAGCUCAACCAGGAGAGCUUCAUGAACCAGGAGAUCACCAAGGCCUUCCACGUGCGCCGCGCCAACCGCGUCAAGGAGUGCCUGGCCAAGGGCGUCUUUGCAGACGUGGUGUUCCGCGUGGACGACGGGGCGGUGCCGGCGCACAAGCCGCUGCUCAUCGCCGGCUGCGACUGGAUGAGGGCCAUGUUCCGAGGGGGCUUCCGCGAGAGCUACGCCGGCGAGGUGUCCCUGCCCGGCACCAACUGCGCCUGCCUCCGCGCCGUCCUGGAUUUCCUCUACACGGGGGUCUUCACCCCCACGCCCGACCUGGACGCCAUGGAGCUGCUCAUCCUCACGGACCGGCUGUGCCUGCCGCGGCUGCAGGCGCUCACCGAGCAAUACGCGGUGGACGAGCUGCUGCGAGCCUUCAUGCAGCGCGUGGAGAUCGACGAGCAGGUCAUCAUCUACCUGGAGAUGACGCAGUUCCACAACGCCCGGCAGCUGGCCGCGUGGUGCCUGCACUACAUCUGCACCAACUACAACCGCGUGUGCCGCCGCUUCCCCCGCGAGAUGAAGUUCAUGUCCCCAGAGAACCAGGCGCACUUCGAGCGGCACCGCUGGCCGCCGGUGUGGUACCUGAAGGAGGAGGAUCUGUACCUGCGCUCCAAGAAGGAGAGGGAGCGGGAGGAGCAGCUGCAGCGCAAGCAGCACCCCCGCAGCAAGUGGUGCUUCUGGAGACCCUCGCCCCCCGUGUCCUGA